AUGGUGACCCCUUCGAACACAAAGACAUGGUUGAAGACGCCUGUGGGAUCGAACCUGCUCGCCCAAAUCAGUGCCGACCCUGGAUUGCCGCAGCCAAAGCCGACCGUGUCCUCGUGGCAGCUUCCACCUCACCCCGAGGUCGCCAAAAUUCAUUCCAAAGAACUGCCUCGCGUUACAGAUUAUCUGAUCAUAGGCUCGGGCAUAGCAGGAUGCGGUGUGGCCAAGACCCUGCUCGAACACCCGAGCUCAGGAUCGGCGAUAGUCACCGUGCUGGACGCUCGCGGAUUGUGCAGUGGUGCCACUGGCCGCAAUGGAGGUCAACUCGUCAAGCCAUAUGCUCUCCGGUUCGCUCAAGUGGCCGAAUCAUUCGGAGUUGAAAUGGCGACCAAGGUAGCUCGUAUGGCAUUGCACACGUUGGAGGAAAUGCAUAAACUUGCGAACUCGUAUGACGAAGACCUCAAGAAGGAGGCCAAUGCACGAAGAGUUACAAAACGCAUCGUCUAUAUGGACGAAGCUUCGUGGAACCGGGUGCUAGGUGCUGUCGACUUGUACGAGACUCACCUGCCAGAGGAAAAAGGGUCUUUCCGGUACGUGCCUAAGGAGCAGGUAGAAUCGGAAUGGAACGUGAAAGGCGGCUUUGGAGGAUACCAAUUUCCGGCCGGAGUUUGUUGGCCUUAUCGACUGGUCACUGGUGUCUUCAAGCGCCUUUGCGACCUGUAUCCGGGGAGGAUCAACAUCGAAACUCACACCCCCGCUACCACGAUCCUCUAUGAUGCUGAGACGGACCCUAAAUACCCAUACACGGUGGUGACCCCCCGAGGCGUCAUCCGCGCAGCUACCCUCGUGCACUGCAAUAAUGGCCACGUUGGCCAUUUGCUGCCUCGCAUGAGAGGUAAGAUCUGGCCUAUACGAGGAACGACGUCGGCUCAAAAUGCUGGACCGAUGUUCCCGGACCUGAGCAACAAGUGCUCGUGGACCUUCUUGUCUGACAUGCAUUACGACAAAGCCACUCGAACAAUUCUGAUGGGUUGGUGGUACGGUCUCCAAAAUCCUCCUAACGGGGACAUCUGGAUAGGAGGGGACCACAAAAGAAUCGAGGACGUCUUCACGGCCGACGAUUCGACCAUUGGCGAUUACAACAGGGAGACCAUCACCAAUAUUCUACCCACUGUGUUCAAUCGAAAAUGGGUUCCCGAAAAGCCCAAAAUUAAUGGAGUGUGGACGGGUGUCAUGGCCCAGACGGCUGACACUCUCCCCUUUGUGGGGAAAUUGCCCGACAGCAUCACAGGGCGACCCGGGGGAAAGGAAUGGAUUGCGGCUGGAUGGAACAGUUACGGCAUGACCAAUGGAUUGACCAGUGGCGAAGCUGUGGCCAAAAUGAUACUCGGGGAAGCACCACCUUCAUGGUUCCCUGAGGCAUACUUGCCAACAGAAAAGAGGUUGGGUGGCUCGCUGAUGGCGCCUGAGGCAGCCACUCUGCGUUUCUUGGAGCAGUCUGGGAUAGGAUCCACCUUGGAGACAAGUGAAGCACCCAGAUCCAAGUUGUAG